AUGUCCUUUUUUGCGAAAUUUCUCGCGUCGUCUUUGCAGCGAUCUCGCAUCGUUGGGCGCAAGAAUCUCAUGGCUUUCCCGCUCGUCCCGUUGCGCAUUCUUCGACCCUGGCGGCAUCACCCAUAUCCUGGAGCCGUAUCACUGGCGAUGAUGGGUCCUAGCUCUGAACGGCCGUCCGUAUGGUUAGCAUUAUCCGUGCUAGCUGGCUUGCCCUUAGCAUUGUGGGCAUACAAAUGCUUGAUGCUCGUAAUAUUUCAACGCAAGAUAAUCUACAUGGGGUAUGCCCCAAUCGGCGCCAGAGACGAGGACCUUGCGGACGUUCCAAAGGACCAGCUGAAAGGCCUUGUCUGCGAAGAAAUCAACAUCGCGAACGGAAGAACUAGCUCACUGUCGGGUAUCGUCGUUCGCUCGAAGACAGACUCAAAUCCUAAAGUUGCCAUCAUAUAUUUCCAAGGAAACGCCGGGAACCCUCUUCACCGCCUCCCCGUUUUCCAGACUCUGCUUUCAACUCCUAGCCCUACCCGAGUACCACUGCACAUCAUAUCUGUCGCCCCUCGAUCAUACUGGAAAUCCACACCUCGAAGGCCGACGCAAGCCGGCAUCCUCUCUGAUUAUCGCCACGUUCUUGACUACGCGCUUACACGAUACCCCUCGAUACCCAUCAUCCUAUACGGACAUUCCUUGGGUGGCGCUAUCGCCGUGUGCUUGACCUCACAGCUAUCAGACUCAAAGAAUCCGAAGCACAGAAGUAUCUCAUAUUACUCGGAUCCUCGGUACCAGCAGAUCAAAGGCCUUAUCUUGGAGAACCCCUUCACAUCGGUCCCAGAUAUGGUUCAGGCACUGUAUCCAGAGCGAUGGGUUCCGUACCGCUACCUUGCGCCUCUAGUGUUCGACAAAUGGAACGCACAUUCCGCCAUGACUCGAGCAAGCAAUCGCCAGCCCGGUGCCCCAGAGACGGUCUUAGAUAGACUACGACGCGACUCGCUCAUUCUGGUCAGUGAGAAGGAUGAAGUUGUUCCCCCACAAAUGAGUCUCCGCCUCGCUGCAGCCGCCAGAAACCCUGCAGACCUAUCAAAUGCCCCCAAAGCAAAGAUACUUGAAGGUGCUCUCCACGAGAACGCCUGGCAGACACGCACAUGGAGAAUAGAGAUCACUCGAUAUAUUAGCGAAAUCUCAAGAACCUGGUAG